AAUUAAAAUGAGAGUUCUCUUGUGUGUAGCAUUGCUUUUAGUUGUGAGAAGUGCAAUUACAGUCACAUGUCCAAAGACUGGAUAUGGUUGUAUAACUUAUGGAGCCAAUACCUUCGUUUAAUCAACAAGAACAAAUUCAUUAUGCAGAAAUGGUAUUCUAUAUUAUGAUCAAUAAAGGGUUUUAUUGGAACAAUUAAGCUUGUAUGCCGUGUAAAAAUGCAGAUAAUGAUUUAAGUGGAUAUUACACAUGCAGUAGCUAUUAUGGAGCAACUUAAUUGACAUGCAAUUCUGGCUAUACAUUGAUAAAUGGGUAAUGCAGCAAUUACUAUUUUUAAGUGUCUGUAUUUAAAUACCUAUUGGAUGUCAGACUUAUGCGUUGAAUUCUAAUUCAGAUGCCUAUGUUUGUACUGCAUGUACAUCCGAUUAUACACUUAAGGCAGGUGUAUGUAUCAAUAAUUAAUAUUGUUCUUCAUGGGAUGAAAAUGCUGUUUGCUUAUCUUGUUAAACCAAAUACUUUUUAAAUUGGGAUUUGAAGUUCACACCAUCAAAUUCAAGCUCAAAUUCUACAAUCUGGUUUGGAACAUGGUAAUAAUAUUAUUUAAUGCCUGGAUAAUCAUUUUGCAGUUUAUGUACCUAAACUAUGCCUAAUUGUAAAUCUUGUAAUUCACCGUAACUAUUUACAUCAUUUUAGAUAUACUUGUUCAUAAUGUAAUGAUGGUUACUAUUGGUAACAAGCAGUCAGUAGCACUCCUUUGACAUCUUCUAAUGCAUAAUUUGCAGGCUCUUGCGUUAGCUGUUUAAGCAGUGGAAAUUGUGCCACAUGUCAAGGAUCCACAUGUACUUAAUGCUUACCUGGUUUCUAUGCUUCUAAAGAUAAUACUUAAACCAUUAUUUAAUCUUGUAGUUUUUGUCCUAUUGGAUGUUCAUCUUGUACAUCAUAAUCAACUUGUAAUGACUGUUAUCCUUCAUACUUUAAAUUUGGAGAUUUAUGCUAUUCAAUGUAAAAAUGUUCUUCUGUCAAUUUACAAUUAACAUAAGCUGGUUCAAAUCCUAAGUGUUCAGCUUGUGUUGCUGGAUAUGCUUUAGACUAAGCAAGUGGAAUCUGUUAUUAAUGUAAUAACUGUGAUAGUUGCACUGUGCCUGCUGGAUAAUAAACAGCUUCUUUAUAAACCUCAUGUUCAACUUGUCGAGAUACGUAUCAUUUAUUAUUUAUAUAAUUAUAGUUAUUAUGGAGUAAAAGAUGGAAAUGGUAUAGUUACUUGUAGAUAAUGCACCUAAGCAUCAGAUUCAUUUUUAAGAUGUUAAGGUCCAGUUGAAAAUUCAUCUCUCACAGCAGUUGUACCCACUUAAUGUUAAGAUGGAUAUUAUUUAUAUACCUUACCAGCUUCAGGUACAACAGCUGCAUAAGUGAUUUGUGUUCCAUCAACUCAAAGUCUUUAAUGUGUCACAAUAGUUGCAACAAGUGGUAAUCAAUAUACAUGUGCCUCAUGUACUACUUAAACUAACUUGUAUAAUAAUACUUUGUGUUUGGCUUGUGAUGCAUCAUUAACUAACUCAUUGCCUCAAGGUUGUUCUGCUUGUACAGGAUCACCUAAUAAUUCAAUAAAUUGUAAUGCUUGUUAUGUCAACUACUUUUUCUCAACAGGUACAACUACAACAUGUACAGCUUGUGAUUCAUAAUGUAUUUAAUGUGGAUCUGGUCCAACUUGCUCAAGAUGUGUAAAUGGUUAUUAUGUAUCUGGUGGUGGAUGUACUUAAUGUGGUGUCUCUAAUUGUGCUACUUGUACUGCAGAUAGUCCAAAUUCUUGUUAAGUUUGUAACAAUGGAUACUUCUUAUCAAGUAUCAAUACAGGAACCUAAACAACUUCAUAUUGUUUGGCAUGUCCUUUUGAAUGUGCAACUUGUUCUGCCCCAGGUUAAGUUUGUAAUUCUUGUAUUAGUGGAUAUGUCCUUUCAAAUGGGGGUUGCAUUAGUUUGAGUUAAGCUAAUUGUGCUGAAGGAUAUCCUACAUCAACUUCAUAAAAUCAAUAAACACCAUCCACUCAAUCUGGUUGUGCUAUUUGCAAAUAUGGAUUUUACAACUUUUAAAAAAGAUGUCUCCAAUCUGUACAACCAUAUGCAGGAGUAAUAAUAUAUUUAAUCUAUCUUUAGGCUGUUUAUGUUCCAAAUAAUUUCACUUUUGGUUCAAAUCCAGGAAUAUCUAAUUACCAGACCAUCCUGUAUUCAAUAUUCUUGGUUAUUUUGUUGCUUGGAUAUUGAUUUAUUAAUAUAA